UAUGGGAUGCUAGGCUAUAAUUAGAGAGACUCUCAAAGAAAUUAAACAAAGCAGAAGUGAAAUUUUUAUAGAAGAUUCUCUUAGCAAAGUAUGUGAGAAGGAAUUCAUAGGAUAUGCAUAUAUUAGUAGAACAGUUUAAUCUGGAUGCAAUGUAUUUAUUGGAGGUUGGAGAGACUAAUUAACAGAGUAUCUAAUGAAAAGAGAAUCUAAUGAAACUAUUGAAGAUGAAUUUUGUGUAAAAUAUACAAAGGCUUGUUUUGAAAUAAAUCCAUUAGAAGUAUAAGAAUAUAGAAAGAAAAUGUAUUAACAAAAAUAACCAGUUUAUAUGGAUGGAUAAUAUUAUAUGCCAGAUGAAAAUGGAUAUGUUGAUAAAACAAGAGAUUUAGUUGAGUUGUGAUUAUAUAAUAAUAG